CCUCCCCCUUCCUCCCAGCCCCUGUCUCCCCCUCCCUCCCUCCACUCCAUUCUGAGUGUGGGACCCUGUCCGCUUGACACCAGCAAAGAGGCCAAAGGGGAAGCUGCUGGGUAAGAACUGUCUGUCUCGGAGAAUUCACCCCCCAAACAUGGUGAGGGAAGCAGAAAGCGACUGCAUCCUUCUCCUGCCAGCCACACUCCAUGGUGUGUGACAGCCUGAGCCUGCAAUGAGCAUUGUGGGCUCAAUUCUGCCCUCAGUUACUGGGGUGCAGCAGCCUGAGGCAAAUUCAGGCAGUGGGAAUUCAACAGGAGCUGUUUGCUGUUGAUUCUGCUAGAGAACACGAGGAUAGCCAUGGAAAGUCAAGAACGACUUGAGGAAACUGAUACGGAAGAACCAUCAUUUGAAUAUACGGAGUCACAGGACUCUGAAGAAUCUCCUCAGGCAAUGAGAUGUGCCAGGCAGGAACCCCAGGUAAUUACCCUGGCUAGAGAAAUGGUGAAGAAGGAGCUGAUAUUACUGGCUCUGAUCGUGGGAAUAGUAGCAAUAGCAAUAAUGCUAUGGCAUGUAAAGAAGACGAACAGUGCACUGAAUUCACCUCAGGAUGACUCCAAGGCAGACAACAAGGGAAACGAGGAUCAUGGUGACAAGGCUCUGAUCGUGGGAGUAGUAGCAAUAGCAAUAAUGCUAUGGCAUGUAAAGAAGACGAACAGUGCACUGAAUUCACCUCAGGAUAACUCCAAGGCAGACAACAAGGGAAACGAGGAUCAUGGUGACAAGGACAUCAGAAGCACCUUGAACAGAUGCAAGCAGGUGAAAGAUCGGCAACCAGUGGAGAUUUUGCAUGAACGGGAAGAGAACCUGAGUACUUUGCACCAGCUUGGCAUUGUUCCAGAGGAGAUUCUGAAGAAAUUUAGAGCUGAUUUAAACCCAAAUCAGGAACCAGAGACUCCGCAUGCCACAUUCUCAGGGAAGAAGAAAUUUUCCCCAGAUGAUUUAAAUCAUGGGCAGGAAUCACAGACUCCACCAGCCGCAGAGCUAGGGGAAAAAGCUGGUGUAAAUCAGGAACAGAAACAAGAGACUCAACGAGCCCCAGAGCCAGGGGAGAAGGAUGGUUUAAACCUGGAGCAGGAAUCAGUAACUCAGAAAGAUUCAGAGCCAAGGGAGAAAGAAUCUCCUACAGAUGGUUUAAAUCAUGGGCAGGAAUCACAGACUCCACCAGCCGCAGAGCUAGGGGAAAAAGCUGGUGUAAAUCAGGAACAGAAACAAGAGACUCAACGAGCCCCAGAGCCAGGGGAGAAGGAUGGUUUAAACCUGGAGCAGGAAUCAGUAACUCAGAAAGAUUCAGAGCCAAGGGAGAAAGAAUCUCCUGCAGAUGGUUUAAAUCAUGGGCAGGAAUCACAGACUCCACCAGCCGCAGAGCUAGGGGAAAAAGCUGGUGUAAAUCAGAAACAGAAACAAGAGACUCAACGAGCCCCAGAGCCAGGGGAGAAGGAUGGUUUAAACCUGGAGCAGGAAUCAGUAACUCAGAAAGAUUCAGAGCCAAGGGAGAAAGAAUCUCCUACAGUGAAAAGAAAAACACUUCUGGAAGUUCUCUCAAAUUUAAACCUGCAUCAGCACAGAGACAGCAAGCUGAAGCUAAGGAACGUCCUGGAAAUCAGCCGCGAAAGUACAGAGAACAGCACUCCUAAGUCAUUAACAGAUUUACCUGGGCACUUCCUAAGGAAGGUGAUGGCUCUGAAUGUGAUGGCCAGAAACACAAGCCUUGUUCAAAAUGCUGAUGAAGAAAAUGAUGACGAGGAGAAAGAUUUGGGUAUGACAGAGGAUUUUCUUUCCCAAAAUGAAACGGACACUACUGAUUCUCUAAACCCCCUCGAUGUUCUCUGUGCCAUUCUGCUUUGCUCAGACAGUUUCCUACAGCAGGAGAUCCUGUUAAAAAUGUCCCUGUGCCAGUUUGCCCUCCCUCUGCUGCUACCCGCCCUCGACACCCCGAAGUGCACCCUGAUGCUGUGGGCCAUGAGGGACAUUGUGAGGAAGUGGAGGCCGCACUCCCUGGCAGAGAGCAGAGGGUUCAGAGAGGAGAGCCUGGUGCUCACAUCAAUGCCAACCAUUUCUUUUGUGCGGAUAGGGAGCUGCAGCUUCUCCAAGUCCAAACUCCUCAAUGAGGUUCUCAGCCCCUCCCAGCAGCACCAUGAUUUCUUUGUCCAUCGGGACAUGGAGUCUGGGAACUUCCCUCGGGAAAUCGCAGAUGGGCUGGUUGAGAUUUCCUGGUAUUUCCCUGGGGGGACGGAAAAUUCUGAUCUUUUCCCAGAACCCAUUGCAGUUACAAAUCUGCGUGGAGACGUUGACUCCCACCAGCUACAGUUUAGCUUUUUAACACGGGUCUCCUCUGCAGUGUUCAUAGUUACCGAGAGCAUCGGUGAGAGAGAAUACGCACUGAUAUCAUCUCUGAAAGAAUCCAGCUCUAAAUAUUACUUCAUCCUCAACUGCAAGAAAAAGAAACCCAAAGAAACUCUGGGAUUUCUUAAUAAGCUGGCCUCAGCGUUGAAGCUGAGCAAAUCACAGCUACUGGUGAAAGAUCGUACCAUGAAUAAUGCAGGAUUUGUGAAAAAGGUACAGUCCACCAUAGGAAACAUAGUGAACCCAUCUCCCAAGACAGUGAGUUUGGAAGCCAUGGCUGUGACGGCACGUGACCUAGGAAUCCAGGUGGAUGAGUACUGUGAUGCAUGUCAGCGUGCGAGGCAAUAUACUGAAGAAAUCACUUCAGAAAUAAGAGAUGGGGCAAAAUACAAAAGGGAAAUGCUGAGCCUGCAAGGAGACCUAUGGAAAAACUUGGCUAAAGUGGAAAAAGAGAUGUGCCGAAUGAAAAGGCAAGGGGACAAGGCCACGGAAGACUAUACAUCUGAGCUGAAACAGAAAUGGUUAGAGAUACGCAGACAGCAGAAUCAGUGUGACCUUACUAAUGGUUUGACUAAGUUUAUCAAUGGAAUAGUACAGUUGAAUCCAGUGGAGAAACAUUACUUUCUGAAAUGGAUGAAAGUUAGCCUGGAUAAUAGUGCUAGGGGGAAUCUUUCUAAAAUGCGGGCAGUGUAUAAAGAGAAAUGUGAAACUCCAGGAGUGGACCGAAAACAGCUGGAGGAAUUAGAUAAAUUAAUAUCUGAUAGUUCCCUGGGGGUGGAGCAUUUCAUGCGUGAGUUGGGGCAGUUCUAUGAAGCUGAAUGCUCAAUGGUUAAAGAAGGGAAAAUGGAAAAAAGCCAAAGACAAUUCACCCAUCUCCCAGGCAUAGCAGCUGACCUGAUGCUGGAAGGGUUUCCCAUGGAGUUGAUCGAUGGAGAUGCAUCCAACAUCCCACUGCAGUGGGUGACAGAUGUUCUGAAUGAGCUCCAUGCCAAGCUGGGGGAAAAGUCCAGAAUGGUGGUUCUAACGGUGCUGGGAGUGCAGAGCACUGGGAAAUCCACCCUUCUCAACACCAUGUUCGGCCUGCAGUUUGCAGUGAGCAGCGGUCGAUGUACGCGAGGAGCCUUCAUGACGCUCAUUAAAGUUACAGAAGCUGCUCAGGAGCUGCUUGGCUGUGAUUUCAUCCUGGUGAUAGACACUGAAGGUCUGAAGGCCCCUGAACUAACAGCACUGGAAGACAGUUAUCAACAUGACAAUGAGCUGGCCACCCUGGUGAUUGGACUGAGUGACAUCACCAUCAUUAACAUGGCCAUGGAGAAUGCCACAGAAAUGAAGGAUGUUCUGCAAAUUGUGGUCCAUGCAUUUCUCAGAAUGGAGGAAAUAGGACAACACCCAAACUGCCAGUUUGUGCACCAGAACGUCAGUGAUGUGUCUGCUCAUGAUCAAAACAUGAGGGACAGGAAACACCUCCUGGAGCAGCUGAAUGAAAUGACCAAAGCUGCAGCAAGGAUGGAAAAGCAAAGCAGGGAAAUGGCAUUUUCUGAUAUUAUGGAGUAUGACCCAGAAAAGCACAAUUGGUACAUGCCUGGCUUGUGGCAUGGAGUCCCUCCCAUGGCUCCCGUAAACACUGGAUACAGUGAGAGUGUGUGUGAGCUAAAGAAAUACCUGUUUGAAUUCAUAAAGAACCGUUCACAGAAAAGAGCUGGAAAGGAUAUUCCUGAUUUUACUGAAUGGUUGAGAAGCCUGUGGAAUUCAGUGAAACAUGAGAACUUUAUCUUUAGCUUUAGAAACAGCCUUGUAGCUGAAGCCUAUAACCUGCUGUCUAUGAAGUAUUCUGAAUGGGAAUGGGGUUUCCGCAAGGAGAUGUAUCUCUGGGUAUCUGAAAAAGAAACUUUUAUCCAGAAUCAGCUGCCAGAGACACUAGAGGGCGAUCUCUUUCACAGCUUAAAAAUGGAAGCACAAGGGAAACUACAGCAGGGAGAACAGAAGCUCUUGAAUAACUUAGAACAGUAUUUUAAAGGUGAAGCUCCAAAUUUAAACCUGAUAGAAAAGUACAGAGAAGAUUUCAAAAGGAGCGCAAAUAGCCUCAAAAAAGAACUUGAAAACUAUUCAACCAGUAACUGCGAGGAAGCAAUUCGAAUACGAAGAGGACAGCACAAGAUAGACAUUAUCCAGUCUGGGUACAAGCAGAAAAUUGAAGGGGAAGUUGACAGACUCUUGGCUGAAUGCCGAAACAGAGAAGAUAAACUAGACCAUGAGAAACUGAAAAAAGAAUUUGAAACGAUGUGGCGAGACACCUUGUCAGAGUUAAAGCUCAGUACUUUACAGAAACGUCAAGUUGUUCAAGAUAUGGAUCUCCAGCUGAGAAAGGAUCUGGAGCACAGAGCGGGUGCUGUCAGACAGAUACUGCAACAUGCAAAAAGCAUGCUGGGUUACGGAAUGAAGUCUUUCAGAAUGAAGAAGGAAUACUUAAACGUAAAAUGGGUCAGAGCUGUUAGAGAAUACUUCUCACAGGAAUGUUACUGUAAAACUGAAGAGCUUGCUAGAUCUUUAAUGAAUGAAUGCAAAAAAUACAUUGAAGAAAAAGUUAAAUCCAAAACAGACUAUGAUGAAACCUAUUGCGGAGAACUGCUGCAUAUGGUUAAUGAGAGGUUAAAAGAGGAGGAUAUGAAGAAACUUCACACUUCUCUUUUGUUUGAAGUUGACCUGAAGCUUCACGUUUUGGGGGAAGCGGCUUGGGCAUUUCAAAAGCUGCACGAAGAUUUUAUCAAAGAAAACGAUCCUCAGCAACGUCUGGAGAAGCUGAAACCUCAGUAUUUCUCCAUGUUUAUGGAUCUCUAUUUGGAAAAGGAUGAAAGCCAAACAAGGGCGAGGGAUUUCUGUGAUCAGUGUCUCAAACCUGCCCUGGUAGAAUAUGUGUACAAGGUACUUGGAGUGGAAAUAGUGGAUGACAUUCUCAGCAGUGAGCAAUCCAUUACAUACAAGAACCGGAGCUUUUUUCAGUUUGAGCUACUGAAGAAGCUGUUGAAGGAGAGCAACUUUGACAACUAUGUGAAAUACAUUAGUACAUAUGAAGAUUUUGUCCAAACCUGGAUAAGGAAACAGCUUUUGGAGCGCUACAGCAAGAUGAAAGACUUGGGAGACAUCGAGAAAAAGAUUCUGUCCCCAGUGAUAAAUAAAGUCAGGGAGGCUCUUAAAGGUACCAGUGUUAGAGAGAAAAACACAGUCUCUGACUUUUUAGAUUCUGUUUGCAAAGAGCUACAGAAGGACCUAGUCAUUUCCAGGGAUAAUUUAGUGGGGAUACGGUUUAUAAAUACAGCAAGUGCUAAACAACUUUCGAAUUUUAUACCAACUUUACUUCCUGCUCUGGAACAUCAGAUCUUAGCUGAACUGAAAAAGAUAAAAGUUGAGCCAAAACUCUCUAAUCUGUCACUGAAUCCUGUGGCUGAAAUCUUCAAGCAAGUGUUUGGCUGUGGGAAGCAGUGUCCAUUCUGUAAGGUCCCCUGUGAGGCAGGAGCCCCUAGUCACAAGCAGCACUUUGCAUCAGUGCAUCGCCCUAAAGGAUUAGGGCAAUACAGGAGUAUGUGUAAUGAAAAGCUUGUCUAUGACAUAUGCUCCUCUGCUGUAGUUGGCAAUGGUACAUUCGAAAAUUCAGACACGAAGUGGAUUGCUCAUCCCUACAAAGAGUAUCUGGACUAUUACCCAGACUGGAGCAUUCAGCCCGAUCCCAGCAUAGAAGCUUCCAGUUACUGGAAGUUUGUUUUUCAGAAGUUCAAUCGGGAGUUUGCGAAACAGUAUAAUGCUCUACCAGCUGAUCUCCCAGAGGACUGGGGCACAAUAACUGAAGAUCAGGCACUGGAGAGCAUAAAGCAAAUUUUUAACAGGAAAUAAGCAAUUUACUGAGAGUCUGUUUACAUGGGGUGCAUGACGCAGUGCUUGAGAUCCACUAAUACAUCACCAGGAUAGAGCACAAACUCCAAUUGCAUUAAAAAUAGGAAAAACCUCUCAAAUAGAUACAGACUGUAAUAUAGUAAUUGGUUCUUUGAGAGAGCAACUUCCCAAUAGAAAAGUUAGUACAGGGAACUGCUUAACUCUGAGUUCACACUUACCUACAGAUAUAUAUUAUUUACAAA